AUGAAUUAUGAUUUCGAUGACAAUGGUUCUCUGGGCUAUUGCUCAGAUCCACAGUUUUCUCCUGAGCAUAAUAUAAAUUGGCCUCAGUUUGAUCAUAACAAAGGGCCAUGGAUCGAAUUUACCGAACAGCCUGCCGAUUAUCGGUACAGGUAUUUGAAAGAAAAAUAUCACGGUCAUAUAGUUGGAGUUAGCUCUCCUGCCACCAAAAAGAAAGAUUUAUGCAAAUUUCCGAAGCUUAAGCUUAACCAUUACAAUGGUUCUGCAAUUGUCCGAGUUUGGCUUAUAAGUACUCAGCUUGAUAAGCCUCGUGCUCACUUCCAUAAACUGGCACGUAAACCUCCUAAGGGAGUAUUGAAGGUAGAGCCACAUGACUUCCGAGCAUGUGAAGAAAACAAUUAUGAAGUAACUCUGGAUUAUUUACACAUAGUUCAUGCGGUAACAAAUGAUGAAAGUGAUAUUAAUGUUUAUCGUAAGAAGAAAGCUCACAUCGACAGUGAUCUUUUUGAUCCUCCUAUGUCGAUACCAGCUUCUAGCAAAGAAGAGAAAGAUGAAAUAAAACAAAUUGACAAAAAUCAAUCUCUUUUUUAUAUCCAAGUUUUUGAUGAGCAGACUCGAACUAAGAUAUGCCAGUCUAUUGUAUCAGAUAAAAUAAAAAAUUUACAUAAUGCGGAAACAGGCGCAUUAAAAAUUGUUAACUGCAGUCGAACAUUUGGAACAUGUAGGGGGAACGACGAAGUAUUUAUUUUCGUUGAAAAAAUUUCUAAAGAUGUUCAAGUCAGAUUCUUCAGACUUGACAAUAACAAAAAAAGAAUUUGGCAAGCACUUGCCAUUUAUGGUCCACAACAUGUUCAUCAUCAGUUGGGUAUUGUCUUCAGAACUCCUAAAUUUGAACAAAAUAUUGAAAAAGACGCCCAAGUAUUCUUUGAACUUCAUCGAACAAAUGAUGGUGCUGUCAGUGAUCCAUUUCCUUUCACAUAUAAACCUCAUGAGGAUUAUAAAUGUAACGAUAUGGCCAGAAAAAGACCCCACUCACCAGAAAUUUCUUCUGAGGAAGAGUAUCUACCGUCUGUGCUCUCUAAAUAUAACUCGAAAAAAAUUAAAGAUGAGUCAAUGUCUCCUGAUUCUACAACACUUACUCAGAUGGUUGCAGGAACUGUACAUUAUGAGAUGACUGUACCUGACCCUAAUCUUUAUAAUACAUUCACCAUGAAUACCACAGCCGCCCCUCAGCUGCAGAUCGACGAAGAGAUUUCGAGUUAUUUGAAUACCAUUAAUCCAAAUGCAGCUCUGAACUGUACAUCCGUCAGUUAUAUUGAUAAUAAUGAUGGCCUUUGGCCCAGUCUGGGUGAUAUACUGGUGAACGAAAACAGUCCCUUAUUUGAAAACCUCACAUUUGAUAGUGUUUCUUCAACAACUCAAGACGAUCCUGAUGAAGAUGCAGACAAUGGUCACACAGCUAAUGGACAAUGUUUGAUAACUACACCAUCGAUAACUACACAAGCGAUGACUAUAUCAGUAAAUGAUGAUAGUCCAGGCCGCUUUAUUGGAGUUUCUAAAUCUGAAGUGAUGAGUGGAAGAAAGUGUUCCUAUUCCAAGAUGGAUUUGCUAUCAGCUAUUAACAUGAAAAAACCUAUUGAAGAAGUCAAUGAGAUAUUAGAAAACAGCAAUGAUGUCAACGCUGUUGAUUAUGAAGGUAAUACAGCCCUACAUUAUGCAGUUAGAUCGCCGGUCGAAUAUUUAAAACUGAUUCUGGAAAGGGAUGACAUCGAUAGGAAAAGGAAAAAUCUUUGGGGAGAUAACGCUCUGUUGGAUGCUGCUCGAAAUGAUAACAUCAACAUUGUUAAAUUAUUGCUCGAAAAGGAUUUCGAGCCAAACGUUCAGAAUAGUAGAACUGGUGAAACACCAUUACAUCUUGCUGUUGCUAAUAAAAAUUGCUCGAUGGUUGAAUUGCUACUAGAUCACGGAGCUGAUCCUCUCCUCGGCAACCACAGUGAUAAAUCUGCCUAUGAGUACUCGAUGGAAUGCAGGAUUGAGCUGAGGCGCCAUAUGCACUUUUUGAUGCAGAAAAGUAUGUUCCAGAACAGGAAAUCUGCCUGUUCUAACGAAGCUUCACGUUCUACUCCUGAAAUGGACUUGGUCAGCAAAUUAAAUGAGCUUACCGUUUCCUCGUCAUGA